AUGCAGUAUCGCAUUGCAGCUCUCUUCGCCGUGACGGCCGCCGCCGUCCCCAUCAUCUUGAGCGGUGACAACGCUGUCGUAGCCCGUUCAGAGGACGACCUUAUACGUAACCUUGACCUGGGCCUUAAUCUCCUGGGAGAUGGAACCACCACUGGCACAGCAAACGCAAAGCGUGCCGACGAAGAUCUGAUCGGUAACCUCGGCCUCGGUGCUAAUGUCGCUGGAGAUGGAACCACCACUGGCGUAAAGAAUGCCAAGCGUGAAGAGAAUGAUCUCAUUGGCAAUCUCGGCCUCGGUGCUAAUGUCGCGGGGGAUGGAACCACUACCGGUGUCAAGAACGCGAAGCGUGAAGAGAAUGAUCUCAUUGGCAAUCUCGGCCUCGGUGCUAAUGUCGCUGGAGAUGGAACCACCACUGGCGUAAAGAAUGCCAAGCGUGAAGAGAACGGUGUUAUCAGCGACUACGCCGACUUGGCAUCCGACUUUGCCAAAGCCUUUGAUAAACGCUCAUCUGAGGAUGGUGUUAGUAACCUCGGCCUUGGUCUCAAUGUUGCAGGCGACGGCGAUACUACCGGUGUCAAGAACGCAAAGCGCAAUGAAGAAGACCUAAUCGGUAACCUCGGUGUCGGUGCCAAUGUUGCAGGGGAUGGAACCACCACUGGAGUGAAGAAUGCCAAACGGUCCACAGAUAUCGAUGUGGGUGGCCUCGGUAUUGGUCCAGCCGAUGUGGGCAUUCCGGUCAUUGAUCCUGAUGUUUAA